AUGGCUUUUCUCAAGGAGGUCCACGUCUACCAGGUGGACUUCCAGCAGCACCCGGCCCACGAGCGGAGGUUAUGUGAGGCCAAAGUUUGGCCGUUCGAUCAGAUGGCCAUUGAUUGGCCUCACGGGAGCUUCUUCCGGCCACAGGGACUUCUCUGCCCGGAAGGGCAAUCUUUCCUUGUCGCGAGCCCUUUCGCCGUGUAUGCCGCCGCUCCCGUGGGAGCCGGUGAAAGCCAAGGGUCCUCCUUUGUGCGCCUGGACGAGGUCUGGCGUGGCCGUCUGCCUGCCGUCGGUUCGGCCUGUGCCGGCUCCUUUGCUCAAUGCCUCCUCUUCGCACCAGCAGAGGGCCGCAUCGAGGUGUGGCGUCCAGGCCAUCCUCGAAGCGCUUUGGCGUUGGAAGAUCAAGCGCCGUGGUUGCGAGUGGCCGGCAGCAUCACGACCUGCAAGCAGGUGGCGACGCUCUUGCCGGAGGAGGCCUCGGCAGACUUCUGUUUGCUCCUCGCAGGAUGGGACGGCCGCUUGAUCCCUGUGGCCGCCGUUCCGCUCGCCGGGCAUAUCGAGGAGGAGGGCGGCCUCCAUCUCGAGCCCACGAAGCUACAGCCAGGCUUGGAUGCUCCGCUCCAAGACGCCUCCAAGGCGGUGGCAGCUUUGCACAUGGAGCGGGGUGGCUUGCUCUGGGCGCUGCUGGUCAGCGGAGAUGUGGAGGCCUGGGAUCUGCUUUCUUCCCGGAGCCUCGGCCGCUGGAGGGCGCGCUUCUCCGAUGCGAGUUUCCAGCCGAUUGCCAUGUGCCAGGACUCCACCUUCGGAUUUCUGGUGCUCGGUCACAAUGUUACUGGAGGGGGCGCCAUCAUUUCAAGAGCGCAGCGGCCAGCAGAUGCAGAAUCCGCGCGCCUUGUACUCUAG